AUGCGAUAUGAAGCAUCAUUGCUAUGGAGAAACGACGAAUGCACUAUUGAUAACAACCGCGGUGACGCUCUCAAAGGACUUCGACUUUCAUUGGUGAAGCUUAGUGAGGAUCCGGAAAAGUUAAGGCAAUACGAUGAAAUCAUACGGGAGAUGAUUUCAAGUGGUGUUGCAGAAAUUUGCGAUGAAGCAGAAAAAACCAACGAACGGACUUACUUUAUGCCACCUCGACCGGUGUAUCGGGAGGAAAGAGAGACCACAAAAACGCGUAUUGUGUUUAACGCAUCAGCACGAUCUGGUGGUAACUCCUCAUUAAACGACUUAUUGUGGUCAGGACCAAACCUUUUACCAGACAUAUUAAAAUUGAUUUUGAACUUCAGGCUUGGCAAACAUGGAAUUACGGCCGAUAUUGAACGAGCUUUCUUGCAGAUAGAGCUGGCACAAAAGGAUCGAAAAGUACAUCGUUUUUUCUGGAUUUUAUCCUUGGAUGAUUUGCUUUCAAUAAUCAUUCUUCAAAUGAAUAGGGUAACCUUCGGAGUCACCUGCAGCCCGUUUCUUCUGAUUGGAGCAUUGUUGAAAUAUUUGGAGGAUGAAUCAAUCAAUUUUCCUGAAACCUGUGAACUACUAAAAGAAUCGUUUUAUGUGGAUGACCUAAUCGUAAGUGUUGACGAUUUUGAAGACGCUGUAAAAUUGUUCAACGAAACACGUGAAAUAUUGUCCAGAGCAUCGAUGAACAUACUGGAUCUGGAAAAGCUUUGUCAACAGAUAUUUUUCGAUGUAGUAACGAAACGAACCAUUCUUCAAACGUUAGCAUCUGUUUAUGACCCUUUGGGAAUGUUAUCACCAUUUGUCAUAAAAAUGAAGUUCAUUUUCCAAGAGGCUUGGAAACAAAGUUUGGCAUGGGAUGAAAUUUUACCGGCAUCAAUGCUGCACGAAUGGAAGAAAAGCGUAUCCGAAAUACAUUUACUACGAGCCCUUACGAUUUCUCGCUAUGUAUUCGAUUCACCACAUCAAGUUGAGAAGCAGCUACAUAUUUUCGCGGACGCGAGUCCAAAAGCUUACGGAUCUGUUGCAUACAUCAGAAGUAGGAAUUUGGAUGAAAACAUUCGCAUUUCGUUUUUAUAUGCAAAAAGUCGACUUGCACCUAUUCGUGACAAACGCAUAACACUACCCAAAAUGGAACUAUGUGCUGAUCUGGAAGCCGCAAGGAUGCGCUGCUAUCUUGUUGAGAAAUUAAGAGUGAAAUUCGAUUCAAUAUAUUUAUGGACCGAUUCAAAAAUUACUUUAUACUGGAUUCGUAGCAUUGAAUUCCAGAAAGAUGUAUUCGUUUACAACCGAGUUCAAGAAAUUCAGCAACUAACCGCUAACGACAACUGGAAUCAUUGCCCAGGAUCAAUCAAUCCCGCAGAUCUAUUGACUCGGGGUGUUUCUGCACAAACUCUACUGAGUUGCGAGACCUGGCUUAACGGACCGUCUUGGUUAUACAACGACAUUAGUGAGUGGCCCAUAUCCGACCAAGAUUUCGAAACUCCGAUGACCGCAGUUGAUUUUUGCCUUUUAACUAUUCCUCAGUCGACCACUCAAUCUGACUGUGCAGUACCUGAUAAUCCAAUACAAAUUGAACGAUUCAGCCAAUACCGGAGGCUUCUUCGUGUUACAGCUUAUGUGCUUAGAUACGUUGACCUGCUUCGAAAGAGAGUAGGUUUCAAAGAGUACCUGAAUGCGGAUGAACUACGGAGAGCAGAACUGUUCUGGAUAAAAAGGGUUCAAUUUGAAGUUUUCAAAGAAGAAAUAAAUGCUCUUAGCAACCGGCAAUUGGUUCCUAAGUGUUCGAAGAUUUUGUCAUUAAACCCCUUUGUCGACAAUGACGGAAUUUUACGUGUAGGCAGCAGCCUAGGUGAAUCGGAGUUGGAAUUUGAUGAAAUGUAUCUAGUUAUUUUAUCGAAGAGCUCACACUUAACGUCUCUUAUCAUUAUCGAAGCUCAUGAAAAAACAUUUCAUCGUAGAACGAAUUUUACGCUUGUUUAUCUGCGAAAACGAUUUUAG